AUGGCGCGACGGAGCUUGGACCUUGUGAAGCACGUCAAGUUCCUCGCCCAGGCGGGUGCCAUCACCAAGCCAAAGUGGCUCGACGUCGUGGAGAAGAUCCACCCUGCCGUCCCUGCCAAGAGCAGUAAGAAGCCAGCCGUGCUCAGGUUCCCAGAGGAUGACCUGCUACAGGCCUACUAUGCCAAGCACCCCGAGGCGAAGAUGGAACCAGUUGACUUGAGCUCCUUUGAGCCCACCAGUGCUCGGAAGUUUGUGUUCCGACAGCUCGAGGUGAUGCAGACGGGUGUGCCACGAAAGGAGGCCUACGACAUUGUCUCCAAGGAGGUGGCCGAGGCAGCGAGCACCAGCGACGCCCCAGCACUGGGCAGAGUGGUGCUGGACCAGAUCCAGCAGGAGGAGGAGUGGCACCUCAUGAAUGCCAUGAGCCAGUUCAGGGAGAGGCAUCCCACGGUAGCCAAGCUGUCGCCGAAGAAGCCGCCUCCUGCAAAUCCCAACCCAGCCAAGGGCAAUGCGCGACGACCACCAAAAAAGGCGCCGCGGCCGACCCCUGCGCCGCCAGCGCAAUCUAUGCCUGCUUGA